AUGUCAUAUUGUGAUAUGUGUUGUNAUUCAGGGAAAAGGAUAGAUCCUACAGGGAAAAAAAAGUAUGUGAAGCAGGUGACGGGGCGACACAACGACACGGAGCUACACCUCGCGGCUCAGCGCAGGGACGUGGGUGCAGUGAGGGAGAUAUUGGAGGAAAUCGAUGCACAAAUGUUGAAAACAUUGAGCGGAGCAGAGUUUGAUGCAGAGGUGGCGGCGAUAAGGGAGGCAAUGGUGAAUGAGGUGAAUGAAUUAGGGGAAACGGCAUUGUUCACCGCUGCUGAGCGGGGAUAUAUUGAUGUGGUUAAGGAAUUGCUUCCUUAUAGUACAAAGGAAGGAAUCGCUCUGGUUUUGAUCCCUUGCAUAUUGCUGCUAGCCAAGGUCACCAAGCCACAAAAGGACAUACAUCAGUUGUCCAUGAAUUGCUUUCCAAGCCAGAUAUCAAGAUCCAAUGGCAAAAACGCGUUACAUUUGUCUGCCCGUCAAGGCCAUGUGGACAUUGUUAAAGCAUUGCUGGAAAAGGAUCCGCAACUGGCAAGAAGAACUGAUGAGAAAGGACAGACUGCACUACACAUGACUGUAAAAGGCGUUAGCAGUGAAGUAGUGAAGUUGCUUCUGCAAGCAGAUCCAGCCAUUGUAAUGCUGCCUGAUAAGUUUGGCAAUACUGCAUUGCAUAUUGCCACAAGGAAAAAGCGUUCAGAGGUAAGCGUUGUUGCUUUAUUGUCUGCAUCUUGUUUUCCUUGGCUCUGGAAACAGUGGCGGAUUUAG